CAUGAUGCGGUAGAGAUUAUGACCCUCUGAUGAGGUCACAAUCCCCACCACAAAGAGUACUCCCAAGUCACUGGUGUUGUGGGUCAGAGCAGGCCAACUCCUUCCUAGGUGAGACAGAGAAGAGGGCAGGGGCCAAACGAUCUACCAACUCAGGCAGGAUGUCGGAACUGGAAAAGGCCUUCCGUAAAUUUGCCACCUAUGGAGACACAGCAGCCACUGGCAGUGACAUGACGGGCAAGAACUUCUCCAAGAUGUUGAAGGAGUGUGGUGUGAUGGAUGGGAAGGCUGUGACCAGCACCGAUGUGGACAUCGUCUUUAACAAAGUCAAGACCAAGGGUGCUCGUAACAUCACAUUUCCAGAGUUCCAGGAAGCCAUCAAAGAGCUGAGUGUGAAACGCUUCAAAGGGAAGGCCCCUGACGAUGCUUUGCAGGCAACACACCACCUGAUGGAGGGCAAGGAGCCAGGCAACGUGGGGGUGACGAAAUCGGUCGCGGCUGGUGCAGUGGAUCGACUGACCGACACCAGCAAGUACACAGGCUCUCACAAGGAACGAUUCGAUGAAAGUGGCAAGGGCAAGGGCAUUGCUGGGCGUGCCGACAUGCAUGAUAACACUGGAUAUGUCGGGAACUACAAGGGGGCUGGCACCUAUGACAAGAGCCACUAGCUGCGGGGCAGAGACUUGCCAUGCUGCCUGAGAACCCGGCCCGUCUUCUCCUUUGUCUCGGAAGGGGAGGCCAAUAAACAACUGCUCUGACA